AAAAAAUGUUUAAUUGUAGUUGUAAAUCCUCUUCAGUUUAAAUGACAGAAGAAUAGAAAAAAUAAUUGAGAUGGAGAAAGGAAAUAAAUUUACUUGAGUAUUACAGUAUCUAUUCAAUUUAUCAUAUUAGAUAUAAAAAUUGGUUUAAAUUGUUAUUUAUUUGAUUAUGAAGUAGAAUACCUAGGAAAACAAUAUUUAAUACACACUUUUUGUGGUGGUGAAUAAGAUAAGGUUAAUUUUUAUAAUAUUUCUUAAAGGAAGUUAUUUUAAUGCUUCAUGGGUAUGGUGGAUCAAAUGUUCAUUAUUGUAGGAUUUACGAAUAAUUAAUAAGAAAAUUCCGAAUUUAUUCAAUAGAUUUGCCAGGCAUGGGAUAUUCAAGUAAAUCAGAUAUAUUAAUGGAAUCAUAUAAAGAUGCAAUAGAAUUCUUUAUGGGAACUAUAUCAAAAUUCAUUGAGAAUGUUAUAAAGGAUAAAAAAAUAAUUUUAAUUGGUCAUUCUUUUGGUGGUUUUUUAGCAGCUCAUUUAUUUACAAGAAACCCUCAUUUAUUCUCUAGACUCUUUUUAUUAAGUCCUGCAGGAGGUACUUAUUAUGAUGAUAAUGAAAUCAAGUAUUUAUAAUAAAAUUAAUUUAAAGAUAAUUGUAGGACACAACAAAAUAUUCCUUUUUAAAAAGAAUGUUUAUUAAUUAUGCUUAGAAGAAAUGGACUGAAUAAAUUACACCAUAAUAAUUAAAAGAUAAAUGGUAUGGAAAUUAUUUUAUAAAAAAAUAUCUCAAAAAAAGGAUGUCAUUGUAAGGAAAAGAAUAUGAAGUAUGGAAAUAAUAUAUAGAUGAAAUGUUAGCUUUACCUGAUGGCUCAGAGAAAGCAUUAUUUUUAUUAUUAUAAUUUCCAAGAGUAAUUGCAAGAGGUUGGGAUUCAAUCGAAUAUAUAUUAACACAACACAAUAAAUAUAUUUACAAUAUUCCUAUUUACUUUUAUUUUGGUAAUAUAGAUUGGAUGGAUAAAAAAGGAGCAUAAAAUCUAGCAAACAAUCAUUAAAAUGUUAAAAUUAGAAUCAUUGAGAACGCUGGACAUUAAUUAAAUUUUGAAAAUCCAAAAGGAGUUUUCGAAUAAUUGAUUAUUGAUAUCAGUUUUUCAGCCCACAUGCAAGAAUAAUAAAUAGUAAUGUCAUGAUC